AUGAAUGAUGCAGAUGGAGAGAGUGCCGGUGUCCACACUUCGGUCACCACUCCUUCAUUACAGCGCGGGUUCGCCGACGGCAUGGCGUGUAUGACAUCCAACGCAACGCCGACUCUAACCAACAGUUCGUACCGAAACAGCGGUCCUUCGGUCGCCAUUCACUCGUCGGCGCCCCAGAAGUCGAAGAAAGGCGUGAAACGGAAAGCGGACACAACGACACUCUUAGACUCCGGUAUCUCUGUGUAUACGUCGCCCACCAGUGAGUCCUCAAAGCCGUCAAAGAUGUCGACGCGUCGUGAGAGCGGACGACCCAUAAAGAAGCCGUCGAAGGACUUGCCCGACACCGCACAACACGUCUCGAAGCCUAAAAAGGGCAAAAUGUCUGAACAGAUGAAGUAUUGCAGUCAGAUAUUGAAGGAG